UCCUGUCGGUGGUCAUGGCUUCAGCUGGGGGCACUGCGAGCGGUCUGCAUGGCAAUGACGGGCGGCGGGGUGCUGGAAGCGAUGAUGCGCGUCAACAUGUGGUUGUGAUCGGUGCCGGGUAUGCUGGGCUCUCGGCGGCGCUGGAACUGGCUCAACGAGGCUACAACGUGACGGUGUUCGAGAAGCUAGCCCAGGUCGGCGGGAGAGCCCAGGUCGUCACCUCGCCCGAUGGCCGGUUUGUCUUUGAUGCCGGGCCAUCAUGGUGGUGGAUGCCUGAGCUGUAUGAUGCCGUACUGGAUCGAUAUGGCCUGGUUUCUCAGCUGGCGAUGACUCGCCUCGAUCCGGCGUACACUGUUGUGCUGCCGAACGAGGCCACCGUCCAGGUCCCGGGCUCGCUCCCGCAGCUGCUAGACCUGGCGGAUGAACUUGAUCCGGGCCACACUCUACGCGCACUCUUUGAUGAGGCUAGUAUCAAGUACAAGGCUGCCGUGGACGAGUGGCUGUGGAAGCCGAUGAUCUCCUGGACCGAACUGAUCGAUCCGGGACUGGCGGCGGCGGCGCUUACGUCGGACAUGCUUGGCUCUUUUGAGUCGCAUGUGGCAGCACACACGGCCUCGCCACUUCUUCGCAUGCUGCUCAAGUGGCCGGCGAUUUUCAUUGGCGCGUCUCCACGCGACGCCCCGGCGCUGUACUCGCUCAUGACCUACGCGGGGCAUGCCCGCGGAACAUGGUACCCUGCGGGUGGACUCUCUGCGCCGGCGCGCGAGCUGGCGAACGCUGCUACGGCCGCCGGUGUGGUGAUUCGCACUAACGAGCCUGUGAUCAAGCUUAGUGCCACCGAAUCGCACAUUUCGUCGGUGUGUACUCCACAGCAGUGCGUCAGCGUCGACGGCGUUCUUGCGGCCGCCGACUACCACUAUGUUGAGCAAGAGCUUCUCCCGCAGCAUCUCCGGCGAUACACAUCGCGGUACUGGGCACGGCGGCAGCUCUCGCCAUCGUGCAUGCUCUUCUUCCUGGGUCUCGAGGAGGCUCUGCCGGGGCUCGGCCACCACACGUUCUUCUUUGACACUGGCCUCGACGAGCACCUGAGCCAAGUGUUUGACUUUGGCCAGCAUGCGGCGGCGCCAACGUUCUACGUGACAGCGGCGGCGCGGACGGCUCCGGAGGGCGCGACUGCGCCUCCCGGCGGCGACGCGCUCUUUGUUCUUGUGCCGAUGGCAUACGCUCUCAACGGGACCGACACGCCGGCGUUACGAGCGGCAGUCCUCGAGCAGGUGCUGGAUCGCAUGGAUGCCCGGACGCCUCUGGCAUCGGGCGCUUCUAUCCGGAGUGUGCUUGCCUACAAUGCGUCGUACGGGACUAGCGAGUUUGAGCUCGAUUUUCAUGCGCUCCGCGGCAACGCCUUUGGCCUCGCCAACAUCCUCUCGCAGUCGCUGGUCUUCAAGCCGUCGAUGACAAGUGGCGCACGCAACAUGGUGUUUGCCGGGCACAUGACCAAUCCUGGGCCGGGCGUGCCGCCGUCGAUGAUUUCCGGCAUCGUCGCGGCAGGCGUGCUCGACGAACAGCUUUCCUCACACUCACAUAGCACCGAGCUUGUGAAUUUCAUGCUGGUUGGCGCCAAGUGGGUGGCGUGCGGAGCAGUAGUGCUGCAUGCGGCCGUGCUUGCAGCGGUCUUGCUCUCCACACGUGUUGCGUCGUACGCGCACUGCAUCUCGCUGUUUUACCGACACGGGCGGACGUACUUUUUGGCGUCGACGCUUUUUGAUCCGGUGCGGUUUGUGGAUACGGCUGCCAUGUACGCCCUGUUCCGGGUUGCCGACGACUGUGUCGAUGUUGUGGGUGCGAGCGCCGAGGCCAAGCGGGCUGCGCUGGGCAAGUUUAUGGCCGCGUUCUGGGCCGGGCUUGAGGCGGGCGCAGGCGAGUAUCACGAGCAUCCCGUGCUUCCAGCGGUGAUUGAGACGGUUCGCCGACGCGGAUACUCGGCGAAUUUGUUUGCCACCUUUUUCGCGUCAAUGAGCAUGGACGUGGAGACCAAGGUGUGCGAGACGUGGGACGAGACGUGGGAGUACAUGCGCGGCUCGGCGGCUGUCAUCGGCGACUUUAUGCUCCCACUACUCAUCCCGGGUGACGACGAGAAGGCAAAGAGAGCGCGAGCCAAGGCACUGGCCCAUGCCCGCGAUCUUGGGUAUGGCUUUCAGCUGACAAACAUGAUCCGCGACAUCGGCGAGGACCUGGAGCUCGGGCGCGAAUAUGUGCCGCGGGAAGAGUGCCGGGCACAUGGGGUGACGCUUGCGGCACGCGCACCCGACGCGCCCGGGUGGCGCGGAACGAUCGAGACGGUGAUGGCCAAGGCCGAGGCUUGCUACGCGUCAGCAGACGUCGGAAUUGCCAUGCUGCCAGGCGAUGUGAGGCCGGUGGUGGCACUCGCGCGAGCAAUGUACUCGGAGUUACACCCUGCGAUUCGAAGCGCCGAGUACAACGUGUUUAGCGGGCGUGUGGUUGUGUCUGGACGUCGCAAGCUGGAGCUUGCAGCUCGAAUGGUACCGCUCCUACCACUGCUGCGGAUAACGCUGGCCAAGACUUACGCCGCGGUGCUUUGUUGUGCUGUGGCUCUUGCCGAGCCUCUGGCUGGCGUUGCCUUUUUGGCGGCCGCGUUGAGCGAGUCGGAGAGGUGGAUGCUGCCGAGCAUGGUCUCCUACGCCGGGCUCCACGCCGUGGUCACGAUUCCGCUUGUGUGUGGGGUGUGGGCUGUGGCGGUGCGCCGGGCGCCGACAAGACUCUUGGCCGCAGGCGGGAUGUGGAGUGCAGCUCUGGCGCUGGUGGCGUUUGUGUACACGACGCCGUGGGACAAUUACCUCGUGUAUCGGCAGGUGUGGGGCUACGGUGGCGCUGCAGCUGUUGUCGGGGUGGUCGGCUGGGUGCCGGUCGAAGAGUACGCAUUCUUUGUGCUGGAAACGCUGCUGGUGGGCGGCGUUUGGGUGGUGAUGGCGAGCCAGAGCGAUGACCGUGGCGAACAGCGGUGGAGUGGAGAGGCGGUUACGCGCCGGCGGCGGCUGGGGCUGGGAGUACUGGCCGGCGCGUGGCUGGCUGGUGCGCGUGCGGCGAGCGGCCGCGGGACCGAGUACCUGGGACUCAUCGCAGUGUGGGCGUUGCCGGUGCUAGCGCUGCAGUGGGCGGCUGGCGCAGGAGUGCUGCUGCAUGAGUGGCGGGUGUGGCUGCCGACAGUGGCGACGUCAGCGAGUGCACUGUGUGUGAUCGACAUGUGGUCGAUCUCGCAUGGGCUGUGGCGCAUUGCGCCCGAGGCGUCGAUCGGCGAGCUGGCACAGGAUCUGCCUGUCGAAGAGGCGCUGUUUUUCGUGGUGACAUCGACUAUGUGUGCUUGGGGGCUCACACUAGCAGUGGACGCAUGCCGACGGGCCGAGGCGCGUGGCGUAGCGCUUACCGCAGUGGUGCUCGAGAUGCUCAUGCCGCCGACGAAUGUGAGCAGUGAGACCAUGCUGGCAGCGUUUUCACACGGCAUUGCAGCGACUGUGGUGCUUGCGUUGUGGGUUUGCGGGGCGGAGAUCUCGCUCGAGUCGCAAGCGGCUGCGCUGGUGGUGACGACUUGCGCCAUCGGGCUCCCGCAUGGCGCACUGGACCCGCUCCUGGUGCUGUCUGGGGCGAGCUUUACUCGGCGUGCCGGUGGCAUGGCUGCCAGCUGGGCCGUAUAUGUGGUGCUGAUGGGUGCAAUGUAUGCUGUGUGGGAGGCAGCGCCUGUGGCAGCGCUCAGCCUAUUUCUCGCGCUCUCGAUCGCGCAUUUCGGUGAAGGUGACGCCCCUGUAGGCAGCAUGUGCGAUGCAACGUGGCUCAUUCAUGCGAUUGAGGUGUUUGCGCGCGGCGGAGCGUUUCUGGUGGCAACCACGACGCAUCGGGCGCAGGUGGCGGCUGUGUUUGCCGACCUGGUGGAUGGACAAGAACUUGGGAUGCUGAUGACGCUGCUCUCACUGUUGCGAUGGGCGCAUUUCGUGGCGGUGGUGGGCAGCGCGGCGCGGCAUGUUCAGCGGCUGGAGACGAGGGCGGCUGCGGUGGGCCUCGCGGACCUUGUUAUGCUCAACGUGCUGUUUGGGACGACGCCUCCACUUGUCGGGUUCAUGGUGUACUUUAACGGCUUCCAUGCGCUCCGGCACGUGGUGCGUGUCCAGACGCAACUCGCGCCGGCGAUAUUGUCGCGGUCAAGUCUCGGCGCGUGUGUGGUCGCCGCGAUCGUUGCGGGGGCGUUUGUGGCGUGGCAGGCCGGCGGAACGUCGCUCGUGCAUGGCGUGUCAGGUGCAACCCGUGGAGUCUUUGUUCUCCUCUCUGUCAUGGCUACCCCGCACAUGGCGCUUGUCGCCUGCGCUGCUCUUCAGAGCUGAUAGCAGCCCGUUCCUCUGAAGUCGAUGUCGAGCCUGACAAUGAAAAGAUGAUCAACCUCCCGA